AAGCGAAUGCCACUCAGGCCGAGCACUCAGGCUGGGACUUAAGAUGCCAAACUGGGGAGGAGGCAGCCAGUGUGCAGCAUGUGAAAAGACGGUUUACCAUGCAGAGGAGAUCCAGUGCAACGGGAGGAGCUUCCACAAAACCUGUUUCAUCUGCAUGAGCUGCAGAAAAGGGCUGGACAGCACCACAGUCGCAGCUCAUGAGUCUGAGGUUUACUGCAAGUCAUGUUAUGGGAAGAAGUACGGGCCAAAAGGCUACGGAUAUGGACAAGGAGCUGGAGCCCUGAGCUCCGAUCCUCCUGGAGAGGAUGAAGAGCAGCGGCCUCAAGAAUCCAAACCACGACCAACUUCUUCUAACCCCAAUGCCAAUAAAUUCUCUCAAAAGUUUGGCGGCUCAGACCGCUGCCCUCGCUGCUCCAAAGCAGUCUAUGCAGCAGAGAAGGUGAUGGGAGCAGGAAAGGCCUGGCAUAAAACCUGUUUCCGCUGUGCCCUGUGUGGUAAAAGUCUAGAGUCAACCACGGUGACGGAUAAGCAUGGAGAGCUGUACUGUAAAGUUUGCUAUGCCAAAAACUUUGGCCCAAAAGGAUUCGGGUUGGGGAACGAAGCCAUGCUGGAGGAACGAGAGUGAACACUCUAUACCUCAAACUCCUACCGUGCAUCUAUCUCACUGGAGGCUGGACUGAUGUUUGUCAUACAAGACAGAUGCUGAGAUGGGCUUUAAAAUCCUUGGCAGCAAUAUUUUCAAGUAAUUUUUAUAUUAGAGAGAAAUAAAAUGUGACCGACACAAAAUAAAACUAUUUUCUUCCA